AUUCAGAUGAAGUGUUACAGGAAGUUGCGCAUGACAACUAUUCAUGGUACAAUGGCGCCUCUAGAUUUGGAUAAAUACGCGGAGAUUGCUAAACAGUGUAAAUAUCUCCCAGAAAAUGACCCCAAGUUUCUACUCCUGUAACGGUGUGUGGAGACAUUCAUGGACAGUUUUGUGAUCUUUGCAAGCUCUUCCGAACUGGCGGCCAGGUCAAAUUACAUCUUCAGGGGUGACUUUGUAGAUGGAGGAUAUUACAGCUUGGAGACAUUCACCUAUCUGCUGGUACUGAAAGCCAAAUGGCCUGAGCGCAUCUCUCUUCUAUGUGGAAACCACGAGAGUUUGAUAUGUUCACCGUUGCAGCUCUGAUGGACGGGCAGAUCCUGUGCAUCCACGGCGGCCUUUCUCCAGACAUAAAAACUCUUGACCUAAUUCGAACCAUCAAGCGGAACCAGGAGAUCCCCCAUAAAGGAGCUUUUUGUGACCUGGUGUGGUCAGACCCUGAGGACGUGGACACUUGGGCCAUCAGUCCCAGAGGAGCUGGCUGGCUUUUUGGUGCAAAGGUCACAAAUGAGUUUGUUUACAUCAACAACCUGAAGCUGAUCUGCAGGGCACAUCAGCUCGUCCAUGAAGGCUACAAGUUCAUGUUUGAUGAGAAGCUGGUAACAGUGUGGUCGGCUCCCAACUACUGCUACCGCUGCGGCAACAUUGCAUCCAUCGUGGUCUUCAAAGACGCUAGCACAAGAGAGCCAAAGCUCUUCAGAGCAGUGCCUGAUUCUGAAAGAGUCAUCCCACCCCGAACAACAACACCUUACUUCCUGUAAACACAUUAAGCUGUAGUAGCUAACAUUUGGUCAGUGCACAGAUACUGACUGGGACAGAGGCAUUUGUCAACCCUUAUCAAUUUUGUCCAUUGCAUUUAGAGUAUUUACAGUGUGUAUUGUGGUGCCAACUGUCAGUUGUUAUUCCUGCUCUGUGCAUUUAAUGCCAUUAUGCUGCAGCUUUAGUCACACUGACACAUAACAGCAAAGUAAGGUUGCCGAGCACCACCACUGUUGUAUUAAAAGGACUGAAAUCAGAUGACCCUUUUAAAUGAUCAUAUUUAUAAAUCUUCAUCCUGCCAGACAGUUAAAGUUCACCACAAAGCAAAAUUCACACACAGUGUUGUAUAGACUGAUCUAUUUUAUAUUGUAAGAUUACGUGAAGAGGUGGAUAUAAGAUGAAAACACUUCACAAGUUAGAAAUUCUUAAAUCUGACAAGUCCCAGUUAAACAGUCAUUGUUAUCUUAUAAAUAUAUAAACCU